AUGUCGCGCUUGAGUCUGGGAGAGUUGCGUGCAAUCACGCUAUCGACCACUUCGGUGUUUGUCUAUCUUGGACCCCACCUUGUGCUUUGCGGGCCCAUCCUCCACCAGGCGUCACCUCUGAAAGCCGAUUCAAUGGCUUCUGUGCGUGAUAUAACCUCGUCCGGGUUGCUCCAGGCUUCCCAGACUCCCUGCGACACUCUCCCCGUCCCACAAAACUUGUUCGUCGCCCGCCUGCUCGACAACGCAGACAAAACAGCGUCUCCCUCGUCUAUCCCAUCAUCUUCAAACUCGGUUCCCUCUCUUACUGCGCCCGCGAUGGUCGCCGGCGUUGCCCAAGGCAAGUCACCAGACCUUAAAGUCUGGAACCCACCACGAUUGCUCAUCCCCUGGCCCCAGACCAUGAAAUGCGCGACGAAUCAUCUUACGCGCAAAUUAUGUGUGCGCCACAAGCGAAUGGCAGACGAAGGAGCGAAUGUCGCAAUGCAGCAGAGUCUAGAUGCUCUUCCGGUCUCGGAGAGAGAAGCCGUGAACCGAAUCUGGUCCACGUUCAGCUCGUCGUCGCAUCCGAGCCGAGCACUCAUCCUCAAGGGCAUUUUGACCAUGUGCUGCUUCUCUCAACUCUCAUUACUCUCACAAGAACUGCAAAACAUUAUCCGGAUCGACCCAUUCACCGUACUACCGUCGGAGAUUUCGCUUCGUGUUCUCGGCUACCUCGACGCUAUUUCUCUAGGCCGAGCAGCCCAAGUAUCGCGCAAAUGGCGAGGACUGGCUGAUGACGACGUGCUAUGGAAGGGCAUCUGCGAGCAGCACAUCAACAAAAAGUGCACAAAGUGCGGUUGGGCGCUCCCACUCAUGAAGAAACUCCAAAUGCCGGUGAGACCGUUUCGGGUCCACUCCGACAACAAGCGACAGCGACAAGAACACGAUUCAAUCCUAUCGGCCAAUAAACGCAUCAAGACUUCCUCUUCCAGCUGCAGCUCCAGUCUGUCUGCCACCCCGUCCACCUCACGUGAAUCAACGCCACAGCCCUCGACGCCCUCAUCCCUCACCGAAAUCCGCACUCGUCCGUGGAAGAAUGUCUAUUGUGAACGACUCAGGCUCGAGCGCAAUUGGCGAAGUGGACGGUUCGUCGGCCGUACACUCAAGGGACAUGCCAAUGGCGUUAUGUGUCUGCAAUUUGCAGAGCGCCUCGCCACGGUCAAGUACCCAGUGUUGAUUACCGGGUCUUAUGAUCACACGGUGAGAGUGUGGAACAUGGCAGAAGGCAAAGAGCUCCGCUGCAUUCAGGGCCACACAAGAGCCAUUCGGGCCCUUCAAUUUGAUGAAGUCAAACUCAUCACCGGGAGCAUGGAUUCCACUCUCCGUAUCUGGAACUGGAGAACUGGAGAGUGUCUCAAGGAGCUUCGAGGACACUCGGCCGGUGUCGUCGCCCUUGCGUUUGACGACGACGUUAUCGUCAGUGGGAGCGUUGAUACCACGGUGCGAGUGUGGAACCUCCGCUCCCAAGACAGUUUCGUGCUACGAGGGCACCUCGAUUGGGUCAAUUCCGUGUUGCUCUGGGAUGAUCCGACACGAGCUGAAGCAGGCCAUGGCCCCAAUGCAGACCCUUUGAACAUUCCAGCCGGCAAAAUGCUAUUCAGCGCAUCCGACGACGGCAUCGUUCGGCUCUGGGACUUGGCAAACCGUGUCUGCGUUCGUUCCUUUACUGGACACGCGGGUCAAAUCCAGAGUCUCAAGCUGAUCAUGGUGGAUCAAUCCAAACUCAUGCGACAAGACGAGUCUGUCCCUCGUGCCAAUGAUGGCUCGACGAUUGGACACCCGUACAAUACCGUUCCGUCUGGUCUGCCGGGAUUCGCUCCGGCCAACCUCAGCAUCCCGAGCCCGCCAUCUUCUGAUCACCCUGGCUAUCAAAGCCCGCAGUUUACGCCACCCGAUGGCUUUGACCCGACAGCAUACCGCUCUAAUUCCAAUUCGCCGCUGCAAGACGCAGCCUACUCGCAUAUUAAGUCGCUCGAUCAGGCAUACGAGCUGCCCUACGAACCUGAACACUCGCGACCCGUCCCCGUCUUGAUUACUGGAUCGUUGGACAAUACUGUUCGUGUGUGGGAUGUCGAGACUGGUGGAUUGAUCAAGACGUUGUUCGGUCAUAUUGAAGGUGUCUGGGCAGUCGCUGCAGACAGGCUCCGCAUCGUUUCAGGAAGCCACGAUCGGACCAUUAAAAUCUGGGAACGCGAUUCGGGGACGUGCCAGACGACGCUCGUUGGACACCGUGGUGCCGUGACAUGCCUCGCACUCUCAGACGAUAAAAUCGUUAGCGGGAGCGACGAUGGUGACAUCAAGAUUUGGGAUUUCUCCCCUCAAGAAUGA